AUGCCACAGUUAAAUCCUGCACCUUGGUUCGCUAUUUUGAUCUUCUCAUGAUUAGUCUUCCUCAUUUUUAUCCCCCAAAAAGUAUUAGCAUACAAAUUCCUUAAUGAACCUGCUCCUCAAAAUGUAAAAAAAUCAAGUAGUACUAAUUGACUUUGACCAUGACUCUAA